UUUCCGGGUUGGGCGUCCCGGCGUCUGCACGUGGUUGAGUUGCCGGGCUUGGGCUGCCGGGAUCGGAGAAGUAACUUCUGCUGCCGGCCCAAGGCGAGUGAGCCGAGCCGGAGCCAUGGAGGGCCAGAGCGUGGAGGAGCUACUGGCAAAGGCGGAGCAAGACGAGGCAGAGAAGCUGCGGCGCAUCACGGUGCACAAGGAGCUGGAGCUGGAGUUUGACCUGGGCAACCUGCUGGCUUCGGACCGGAACCCCCCGCCGACGGGGCUGCGGGGCGCGGGGUCCGCGCCGGAGGCCGGACUGCGGGCCCUGGCGCGGGACAACACGCAGCUGCUCAUCAACGAGCUGUGGAAGCUGCCCACGGAGCGCGUGGGGGAGGCGCUGGUGGCGCGGCUGCCCGAGCCCACCACCCGCCUGCCGCGUGAGAAGCCUGUGCCCCGGCCGCGGCCGCUUACGCGCUGGCAGCAGUUCGCGCGCCUCAAGGGCAUCCGUCCCAAGAAGAAGACCAAUCUGGCGUGGGACGAGGUGAGCGGCCAGUGGCGGCGGCGCUGGGGCUACCAGCGCGCCCGGGACAACACCAAGGAAUGGCUGAUUGAGGUGCCCGGCAAUGCCGACCCCCUGGAGGACCAGUUCGCCAAGCGGAUGCAGGCCAAGAAGGAACGGGUGGCCAAGAACGAGCUGAACCGACUGCGUAACCUGGCCCGCGCGCACAAGAUGCAGCUGCCCAGUGCGGCCGGCAUGCACCCUACGGGACACCAGAGUAAGGAGGAGCUGGGCCGCGCCAUGCAGGUGGCCAAGGUCUCCACCGCCUCUGUGGGGCGCUUCCAGGAGCGCCUCCCCAAGGAGAAGGCGCCCCGGGGCUCCGGCAAGAAGAGGAAGUUUCAGCCCCUUUUCGGGGACUUUGCAGCCGAAAAAAAGAACCAGCUGGAGCUGCUUCGAGUCAUGAACAGCAAGAAGCCUCAGCUGGAUGUGACGAGGGCCACCAACAAGCAGAUGAGGGAGGAGGACCAGGAGGAGGCCGCCAAGCGGAGGAAAAUGAGCCAAAAGGGCAAGAAAAAGGGGGGCCGGCAAGGUCCGGGGGGCAAGAGGAGAGGGGGCCCUCCCAGCCAGGGAAGAAAGAGGAAAGGGGGCUUGGGAGGCAAGAUGAAUUCCGGGCCCCCUGGCUUGGGUGGCAAGAGGAAAGGAGGACAGCGCCAAGGAGGAAAGAGGAGGAAGUAAUAGUUUAGCCCUCGGACCCAUUCUGGAAACCAAGAACCAUAUAAACUGAAUGCUAGGUUCUGGGUCCUGGGGAGCAGGAGGCGAGGAAGAUGUGACCGCCUUCCCCUCAGAGUAUGGAAUGAGUUCUAAACAGCCUUUUUAUUUUCUUUUUAACUUUGGAUAUGGGGUGGGGAAGAGUUGGUUAUUUCAGAGACUUAAAGUAGAUUGAUUUAUAUGUUUCUGCAUUAUUUUUACAAAACUUGUAUUUAUCAGAGUGGGGAGGAGAGACUACAAACUUUCCGAACUGGAUUGACAACUGUUAAAGGUUGUGUAAUAAAAUAUGUCUGUGUCUA